AUGAAGCGCAGGGUCACCUAUGUCCAGCAUCCCGAAACCCCCUUCGAGCCACAUCAGGCCUCCCUAAGCUCCUCCGCCGUAUCGGUCCGGGACCUGGACGCCGCGCGCGAGGACCGCAUUACGUUCAGCCUGGGGGAUCUCCCCGAGGAGCUUCGCACGGUCCUCGAACAGUCCCAUGAACUCCGUCUUCGAUGGGCGACUGAGCGCUCUUUCGAUGCCAUUGCGCCCUUUGCAAGCAGGAUCUCGCCUGGCUUACAUGUGCAUUAUACUCCGCUAGCUGCUGAUCAGUCAUCGGAGGCGCUUUGCUCAUUGCUACGCACGGUGUUCGGGAAUCGCGAGGAUGGAGAAGCUGUGGUGGACUGCACAACGCCUGAGGACUCCUUCAUCACACCCCCGCUCCUAUCUACCAGAUUCGCGGCCUCGGCCUCCCUCCAAUACUACACGCAGCUUCCCAGCCUGCGAUCACUAGUCGCAUUUAUUCGACGUACGGCAUGUCACCAACGCCAGAUUGGUGGUACCGAGUGCCAUGAUCGCGCGGGUUCCUUGUUAACGGCCGAUGCGGUCGAUUUUGACUACGACAGCAUCUCUCACGCAUUAACUAUCUCGGGUGUUUGGGCUAGUCCGCCUAGUAGUGGCUGGACUGAAGAUAUUGCCAAGCCUUCCUCCAAAGCAGAUCAAGUCGAGUUUGGUCUCCUAGGCGCGGAGCAGGGCAUCGAGCCUGAGGAGAUCAAGAUGGGAGGGUUGUUAGCCGUAGUUGGGGAGGACAAGAAGAUGAAACCAACAAUGUUCUCAUUCCCAUCUCGACACCAUCCUCUCCCCUCAGACGCCAGCUACUCCGUCUCCUUCACCAAGCCAACCGGCCUCCACCCAACAAUGUCCAUUACCCUGCAACGCACCUCUCUCGAACGCCCACCAGCCCCCGAAGACGCAACCUGUGCCAUCCACGCAUACCUCACACUCCCAUCUUCCGUCUUCGGAGACCAAUACCAACUCGGCACGACAGACCCGCUCUUCCUCGAAUCGCAUAACCUAGCCGCACUCCGCGCGCACGCUGGUGAAAUGGACCUCGAAGCACCGGACUGGGCCGUACAGCGUUGGGGUUCAACCUGGCUCUUUGAGCUGGCCGCUCCAAACGGGGAUGGAUCUGACAAGACGUCGAAUUGGACCGCUACUAUCCCGUUGCACCUCCGAUACCUACCUCCCUCUGAAACGGGGUACAGAAUUGCAGAGGUACCCUGGCCCGUUGUUUUCUGGGCUUGCACAGCUGAAGACGGGACCAAGAUGGGGGUCAAUCCCUUUGAUCGCACAAAUCUGGGCUGGGAUGGGCUGUUUGGUCCAAGGACGAUGUUUUAUCAGCUUCAUCCGGAGUCUGGCCGGCUUGUGGAGGCGAUUGAUGUUCCCGUGCUGACACUCAAGGAGGGCGAGGGUUUGUUCCGCGCGCAGAACAUUGAGUUGGGGACGUCGGUGGUUAUUCUGCUUGGGUUCUUGUGGGUGCUUUGGCGGUUGGUUCAGGUCGCAUUGUCGCGGUCUGGGCAGCAGCGACAUGAGAAGAAGGAAUGA